AUGUCCUGGGCCACCUGGGAAAUCCGCUUCUCCAACUCUCGUCGGCUCCCCUACUUCUACGACGCGCUUGCCAAGGAGUCGUUGUGGGAGAUGCCGGCUGGCAUGACAGACGCCGUCGCGCGUACUCUCCCCGGCGCCCAUUAUCUCCCUCCCAACACCGGCACCGUCCGUCCACCUGGACAUAUCCGUGCAAGCCACAUUCUCUCCAAGCACGCAAACUCGAGACGGACAAGCAGCUGGCGCCAGGACAAGAUUACACGCCCCGCUCCCGAGGCGCGUGCUGCCAUCCAGUCGCACAUUGAUCGCCUCAAGAAUCUGCCCGCCAACCAACUCGCGGCCGAGUUUGCGCAGAUUGCUUCGACCGAGAGUGACUGCUCCAGCGCACGCAAAGGUGGCGACCUUGGAUGGUUUGGCAAGGGCCAGAUGCAAAGGACGUUUGAGGAGGCGGCCUAUGCGCUGCAACCUGGCGAGCUCAGUCCCCUUGUCGAGACGGAUUCUGGCAUCCAUGUCAUUCUUCGUACCGGAUAA